UUUCACGGUCUAUGGGAAAGGCAGCGUUCGUGAGGACACCCUGAUUUCCCAUCUUUAUCGUAGGUCCCAAACGCAUCUGAAGAAGAGAACGCUGGUUAAUAAUAGCUAGUUAGCGAUUGCGUAAAGAUGCAACUGGCUCUUAGUAAAACAUUUGGCCAGAAACCAGUUAAAUUUCAAUUAGAACCAGAUGGGGACUUUUACAUGGUUGGGUCUGAGGUUGGAAACUAUCUGCGCAUGUUCAGAGGCUCUCUGUAUAAAAGAUAUCCAUCUUUAUGGAGGAGGCUAGCCUCGGUGGAGGAGAGGAAGAAAAUCGUAGCAUCAUCACAUGCUACUAGUGUUACUCUGCUGAAGGCAUCAGAAUGUGAAGAGAUCUUCGAGGGUAAUGAUGAGAAGUACAAGGCGGUGUCCAUCAGCACAGAGCCCCCAGCUUACCUCAGGGAGCAGAAAGCAAAGAGGAGCAGUCAGUGGGUCCCCACGCUGCCCAACAGCUCUCACCAUUUAGAUGCUGUGCCUUGCUCCACCACCAUCAACCGUAACCGAAUGGGCCGUGACAAGAAGAGGACCUUCCCACUGUGCUUUGAUGACCACGACCCUGCAGUGAUCCAUGAGAAUGCAGCCCAGGUAGAAGCACUGGUUCCCAUUCGUCUAGACAUGGAAAUAGAUGGACAGAAAUUGCGUGAUGCCUUCACGUGGAACAUGAAUGAAAAACUGAUGACCCCAGAGAUGUUUGCAGAGAUUUUAUGUGAUGACUUGGACCUGAAUCCUCUGGCCUUUGUCCCCGCCAUUGCCUCAGCCAUUCGUCAGCAGAUUGAGUCCUACCCCACUGACAGUAUACUGGAAGAGCAGGCAGACCAGAGAGUCAUCAUCAAGCUGAACAUCCACGUGGGGAACAUUUCUUUGGUGGACCAAUUUGAGUGGGACAUGUCGGAGAGAGAGAAUUCACCGGAGUCAUUUGCACUGAAGCUGUGCUCUGAGCUGGGUCUGGGUGGAGAGUUUGUAACUACUAUCGCCUACAGCAUUCGUGGUCAGCUCAGCUGGCACCAGAGGACCUAUGCCUUCAGUGAGAACCCACUCCCGACAGUAGAGAUUGCCAUCCGCAACACAGGUGAUGCAGACCAGUGGUGCCCCCUCCUGGAGACCCUCACAGAUGCUGAAAUGGAGAAGAAGAUUCGAGACCAAGACAGGAACACAAGGCGUAUGAGACGACUGGCCAACACUGCUCCUUCCUGGUAGAAAGAGACAUGAAGCUGCAUGAGAUGACGUGUCCUCUGGAGACUCCUGGUACUCUGAAAUGAUCACGAAAUACACACAAAGUCUCUCUCACACACACACACACACACAGAUGUUCCUGUAAGCAUGACUGCACUCACAGACACGUUGGCAGUCUCCAUGGACACCUCACUGUCUUAACACAACACACAAAUCCAGGCAUUCCUCUGCACACACAGUAUGCCGUCAUUAUGUUUCACCUUGCCUUCAGCACAUCAGUCAUAGCAACAGUUCAAAUCUAACCCUAACUAAAAGUUCCACACACCACACCAUGUAACAUUCACACUGUGCAUGUUAAGUCAAAACACUUGGCAUUACAGUACGAUGACUGAUUGUAAUGUAUCUGUAUGAAUACAAUAUGGACAUUUUUUGUAUAACAUCAUCAGGGCAACUCUUACAACAAUCAUUUUAAAUUAUUCAGACCUGUAUUACAUCUGUAACAGAGGUUUGUCAUUCCCCUGUGUACUAUGGUGAAAAUCCCAGUUGAAAUGACAAAAUGAUCUAUGAUUGAGCAGUCAAAUUUACAUUAGACUGGCUUAAUCAACAUGUAGUACUGCACUAUAGGUGUUUUUCGUCAUUGUCACAGUAAUAUUAAGGAUUAAUAUUAAUGACACCUGUGUUUUCCAGAUGUGACAAUCAAAGGCCCAAUUGACACAAAAUCUCUUAUUUGAAGACACAUUUACAUUCAGCCACAUACAGACAGGUGACAAAUUAAAGAAGAAAACAACAUAAAGUGUCUUAGUUAGGUGUUCUUCCAAAAGAAGAUGGUGCUUUGAUGGUUGGUGAUAUGGAGCCCUGUCUAACACGUCAGUCCUAAAUAUACCAUAGGUGUUCAAUUGGUUUGAGAUCAGGGGACUGCAAAGGCCAAUGAUUCACAUAAUUUUCAUACUCCGCAACCAUUCAGUGACCCCUCGUGCCCUAUGGAUAGUGAUAUUGUGAUCUUGUAAGAGACCACUGCCAUUAGGAUAGAAAUGUUUCACCAUAGGAUAAAGAUGGUCUCUCAGAACAACUUUGUAUUGAUUUGCAUGACCCUUCCCUCUAGGGGACAAGUCGACACAAAUCAUGCCAGCCAAAUGUCCACUACAGCAUAACUGAGCCACCAGAUCCGCUCACUGUAGGGGUCAAGCAUUCAGACUUUAUCAUUCUUUUGGUGUACGCCACACAUGAACUUGUCCACUUGUCGAAAAUAUGAUGAAGGAUGAUUCAUCUGACCAAAUAAUUUUUUUCCACAUAUCUGUCUGGUUUUUACACCACUGAACUUUCAAAUGUGCAUUCAUCUUUGUAAUGAGAGGUAUGCAAUGCAUCUCUAUGUAAUUGUAAAGGGACUUUUCUUGCUGACACAGAUCACAUCACAUCUGAUCACAUCUUGCAUUGACAUUCACAGUCACCUUAGGAAGAAUUGCUCUUCUUUUUUUCUUUACAUUUUGCACUAAUGCACGAGCAUCACGAUCAUCAAAUGUCUUUUUCUGACCCUAUUUACUGAUGUCUUUCCCGUAGAUCAAAAUGUACUUUAAAUCACUGUUCCUUUUGAAACACUAACCAGUUGAACGGUCUUUGUGACUGAAGCUCCUGCCAUCCAUGUCCCAACAAUGAACCUUCUUUCAAAGUUACUUAUGCUGCGUUCAGACUGCAGGCCUUAAUGCUCAAUUACGAAUUUUUUUCAGAUCCGAUUUUAUUUAUGUCACCCGCAUCAGACUCAAGUACUGGGCACAGCCUGAAAGUGACCCACAUGCUCAAAUGAGUAAUACAGCGUCACGCAUCGCACCCCGUUUUAAUGCUCAUCAAAAUAAACCCAUGGAUGUAUUAAGAGAACCAAAGAGAUGUAAAUAUUAUGUAGUGCUCCCAACUACCGCUAGCUACUAGCCGAUAGCCGGCAGUUUGGGAACAGAGACGUUAACAACAUUAUAUCCACGCUACACUUUACAGCAUACAGUCCUCGGAUGUAUUGUAAGAUAAUACAAAUGAUGAAUUACAGCCAUAUAUCCCUGAUUACAGCUACAGGAACUGGGGUGAACCGUCAUGAGCCUGCAGAGUAGUCCCAUGGGUCUGCUCACGUUAAUUUUGUGCGUGCAUUAUGCCUAUCUGGAUUUGGCUAUUAUUGCAUGUUACAACUUUUAAAACAUAAUGAUUUAAAUGAGGACUAUUUAAGUGUUAGUACUGGUAAGUUGAUGUAACUCAAAAACAUUUAUUCACUGAUAUAUAGAUGUGUCUUUUGCCAUAUAAAGUUUAUGGGGAAGUCGCAUGAAUUCCGAUCUGUCUGUCCAGACUCGCUUCACAUUUUUUAAAAUAUCCAACCUGGAACAGAUUUGAAAUCAGAACUGGAAAAGUUUGGAUGCCAUGUGAGUUGGGCUGUUUAAACUGUCGGAUAAUUGGAUUUGGGUCACUUUUGCCUGCAGGCUGAACGUAGCCUUACAUCUUUUACUCUUGCCAGCUUGAUACAAAAUCAGAAUCGACUGGGCCUGGUCAUCAUUUUAUACAAGCCACAGAGCAUGGCCGGAGGUUACUUGCUUAAUUGUACCAUGGUGUGUACCUGCUUCUGCAUUCAUUAUGUUUGCCUACUCACUUAUUCAGGUUUGUCCUUUUAUUCAGGUUUGUCCUUUAAUUUGUCACCUGUGUGUAUAUGCGCCUCUGUUGGGCAGAUCUCCAAUCUGUUUGCAAUCCAUCUUUGUUUUCUCGGCUACAUGUAAAUCAGGUUCAGCCCUUCUCCAGUCCAGAAGUAGGUAAUGCAACUGAAGCUGACUGGUGACUGCUAAAAAUGCCAGAAGAAGAAUAUCUUCUGCCCUUUAGCAGUUUGGUUACAAUAGUUUAGCUAGCAAUGGCUAACAACUAUCCAUAAGCUAUCACAAACAUAUGAAUGAAUGUUACGUAUGAACUAUGAGCGAGAUAAAGGUUUUUUAUCGUAUUCAUGACUCGUGCCGCUCCCCCACCCCAAUCAGAUAAAUGCUGUCUCACCCACACAAAUCAUUUAGUGAUUGAACUGAUUAGGGAUCAGAUCAACUUUACAGUAUCUUGGUGCACCUUGUAUUUUAUCGUGUGUGGAGAAAUGGCUGGAGCUGUUUUGCUUUUGCUUUUCAGCAUCAUGUUAGUGUAACUUCAGCUGCUAUUAUUACAAAGACAGAGGAGACAUACUGUUGAUAUAAUAUAAAAAUAAGACAAUAAAUGAAUAUAUCCACAGACUGCUUACUGACAUAAGUAUACUAUUGGAGGAGUAAAGAUUACGGAUGUGUCUUGGAGAGAUGGAUUAAUUGUUUGUUGAUCCAUAUUCUCAUAUGCAACAUUGGUUUAAAUGUUUUCCACAGCAGACAAAAGAGCAGAAAUGGGCGUGGCACCACUAGUUGCCAGUUGUAUUUUUUCACCCUCUGUUUAACCGUUAUGUAGAAAAAUAGCAAAAACUAUAUUAUUGGCUGUUGUUUCAGACGAAUGGACAGCGCUGUUUGUUGUGUUUUAAGGCGUGGGUGUAGGACCAGCGCUGUCCAUCUGAAACAGAGCUCAAUAGACAGACUGACAGAACACAUCACUUAGUUUAAGCCUGCUUGCUUGGUGGUUUCAAAUGGAACUUUCGGCCCUAAUUAAAUUUUCCCUCCAUUUUAGCAAUCCACAGAAGGAAAAUGACAGGGUAGUGAAGGGACAGUCAACAAGAGAGAAAGAGGGGGGCAAGCCGCAAACGGCUGUUUUUACGCUCGUAUGAUUCGUUCAUAGAUUCAAAAAAUAUUUAGCGCUCUGCUAGUACUACAUUCUGAAGUGAGUAAUAGGUGUAUUCCAAAAUAGGCUAUAUAUAAUGAUUUAUUAGGAGAAACCAAGUAAUUCCAUAUAAAAUCAAACAUUCAGCACCCCCAUAUAGCCCAGAUGGAAUGAUCCUUGUUUUUAUAACCAAAUUUUCCAACACUGCAACAAUUUGAAAGUGAGAUUCGCAGUUGAAUCGGGCUCCUUCGAUUAAAUAGUCACCUAUUCGGUGGGACCCCCAGACUAUACAAAUAAAACUGGCCUUGCACAUCAAACUUUUGUCAGUGGAUGAUACAUCAGAAAUAGUACAUAAUGCCGCUAUGUGUAGGGUUUGAACAUUUCUGACUUUAGUGACUGAUAGCGGGAGGACCCAGAAACCUAGAGAAUAAAAGUCCCAAUUUUCAUUAUGAUAGUGUGAAUUGGUAAGCAAACUUUCCUACAAACAAACUCUUAUGCUAUCAGAAUUAUUUGGAAGAUAAAAUAAUCUGACUCAGUAAAUCCUACAUAUUUAUAGGGGCUUUAAUACAUGUUAGUGUGCCACAUCAAAGUGUUUUGGCUACUUAGGUAUACUGUGGCUGAUGUUAGUGUUUUUUA